GUUUUGCACGUUGUAUUUUAUAAUUGAGAAACUGCGAAUUUCAGUUUAAUUUAGUAAAUAAUCUAAGCUUCAAUUAAACAGGUUCGUAGUCAAUAAUAAAAUGAAGAUAACAAGAUACAAGAAGGUUCAAAAGUAUCUCAAAUUUUACUACAACAACUUUGGUUUCCACCAGCCUUACCAAGUUCUUAUUGAUGGCACAUUCUGUUUUGCUGCAUUCAAAGAACAAAUAAAUAUAAGAGACCAACUGCCUAAGUAUUUAAACGGACAAGUAAAAUUACUUACUACAAGAUGCAUAAUAAUAGAGACGGAAAAGAUUGCCAAGAAGACCCACGGCGCUCUCACCAUCCUGAAACAGUUCGGCCUCCACGAGUGCGGCCACAAGGACCCUAUCACCGGCUCCAACUGCAUUAUGAGCAUGAUCGGAAAGAAGAAUGACAAGCAUUACAUAUUAGCGUCCCAAGAUAGGGAUUUACAGGAGAAAUUUAGAACAAGGGCUGGUGUCCCACUGCUGUACCUACACAACAAGUCACCGACAUUAGAUAAACCGUCCAGGGCUAGCUACGAUAAAGCAGGACAAACUUUAGAGGCACCGAGUGUAUUCAUAAGUGAGACUCAAAAUGAAACACUGAAAACCAUGAAAAAGGCCCUCGGUGUGGAAGAAAAAGUGGAGGAAGUUAAAGUGCCCAUGAGAAAGAAAAAACCCCACAACCCCAACCCCUUGUCAUGCAAAAAGAAGAAAAAGAAACCAGGUGUAAGGAAUGAGGCUAAGAAACAGGAUGGCGUCAGUGAAGGUAAAGUGAGGAAAAGAAAGAAAAAGAAGGUACCUAAGCAUUUGAAAGAACAAAUCAAGAAUGUUGUAUGAUAAUAAAUGUUUUUAAUAAA